GACCCACAUAAACAGAGACCUAAAUAGAUCCGUGCAUCUGACGCGUUCAGGGAUUCAUUCAAGUGCGUUUUAUUAUCUUAAACCUUACAGGCGCGUUUAUAAACAUGGGAAACCCCCGAGUUUUCUUUGAUAUCACUAUUGAUGGAGCUAACGCUGGCAGGAUUAUAAUGGAGCUCCGAGCUGAUGUGGUCCCAAAGACUGCAGAAAAUUUCCGUGCUUUGUGCACCGGAGAGAAAGGUUUUGGCUACAAGGGCUCCACGUUUCACCGUCUCAUCCCUAAAUUCAUGUGCCAGGGCGGUGACUUUACCAACCACAAUGGAACUGGAGGCAAAUCCAUCUACGGGGAGAAGUUUGCUGAUGAGAACUUCCAGUUGAAGCACUCGGGCAUGGGCACGCUGUCCAUGGCUAAUGCCGGGCCCAACACCAACGGAUCCCAGUUCUUCAUCUGCACAGCUUCAACGGACUGGCUGAACGGGAAGCACGUGGUGUUUGGCAAUGUUGUGGAGGGCAUUGAUGUUGUCAAGGCAAUGGAGAAGCAAGGCACAAAGAGCGGCACUCCUAAAGCCAAGGUUGUCAUCGCCGACUGCGGUGAACUACAAUAGUGCGUCAAAGCUUCAGUCCAGCCCGUCGUCCGGUCAGAUGUGUCCUUUAUGCGUCCACAUCCCAGUGAAUCUUUGAGAUGGUGUUUAUCUGCAGCAUCAGUAGAAAAACACCCAAUGAUCCCGCUUUCUCCUAAAAAAAAAUGUUAAUAUGUUUGUCUGCUGUGUUGAUAUUCUUUGUGGAAUAUUUUGUACGUCCUAAUCUUUCUUUGAGAACCACGUUUGUUAGCAAAAAUCUGAAUAAAAUGAUGUUGUUGGUGUAAAUAAAGCAACUUGAAAGCUUG